AUGCUACCUGAUAAAGAAGACUGCCCUGUGGUAGCUGGGGCACAAAUGUCUCCCGAAGGAGAAGAUCCUUCUGUCAGUCUAUUCAGAGAAUACCUCCGCCUUAGGACAGUCCAUCCUGAACCAGACUAUGAUGCCGCUCUGAGAUUUCUGGACAAAGUUGCAGGGGAACUCGGAUUGCCCAUGAAGAAGAUAGAGGUAUGUCCAGGCAAAGUCGUGUCCAUCAUGACCUGGCAAGGAACGAACCCUAACUUGAAAACUGUUUUAUUGAAUUCCCACACAGAUGUUGUUCCAGUUUUCCAGGAGCAUUGGAAAUAUGAUGCUUUCAGUGCUUUCAAAGAUGCAGAAGGCAACAUUUAUGGACGCGGCUCGCAGGACAUGAAAUGUGUGACAAUACAGUACAUUCAGGCUGUGAGAUGGCUGAAGGCUGCAGGGCCGAAAUUGUUGCGUACGGUGCACUUAAUGUUUGUUCCUGAUGAGGAGGUUGGAGGUGAGAAAGGCAUGGAAGCAUUUGUCAGGCAUCCAGAGUUCCAGAAGUUAAACAUUGGCUUUGCACUGGAUGAAGGUCUGGCCAACCCUGGUAAUGCCUUCACUGUCUUUUACGGUGAAAGGAAUCCUUGGUGGAUUACAAUCCACUGUCCAGGCAGUCCUGGUCAUGGCUCAAGAUUUGUGGAGAACACAGCGGCUGAGAAGCUGCGCCAUAUCAUCAACUCUUUCCUGAAUUUUAGAGAGAAGGAGAAACACAGGCUAAACACCAGCCAGUGUUUUACACUCGGUGAUGUCACCACAGUGAAUAUGACCAUGGUGAAAGGAGGUGUGGCCUACAAUGUAAUUCCAGCUGAAAUGGACGUCAGCUUUGACCUUAGGAUCCCACCAACAGUUAAUCUACAGGAAUUUGAGAAAAUGAUCCAAGGGUGGUGUAAGGAAGCUGGCGAUGAUGUGACGUAUGAGUUUGCUCAGAAACACAUGAACCAGAACAUUACUUCCACGCAAGAGAGUGAUCCCUGGUGGAGUGCCUUCAGCCAAGCCUGCAGAGAAAUGGAUAUAAAACUGGAAAAGGAGAUAUUUCCUGCUGCCACAGACAGCCGUUUCAUCCGAGCUGUGGGCAUUCCAGCCAUUGGCUUCUCUCCGAUGAAUCAGACGCCAAUCCUGCUGCACGAUCACAAUGAAUAUCUGAACGAACAUAUCUUCCUGAAAGGCAUUGACAUAUACAAGAAACUCAUUCCAGCUCUUGCCAACGUACCUGCCUCUCCAGAUGUUUAA